CCAUGGAUGGAGCGGGUGGAGGAAACAACCUAUCAAGAUCUCACCAAAGCUCUAGCUGGGAGCGCUGAAACUCUUGGCAGUUGGUUCUUCAGUCCGCUUAUUAAGGGAAUGGAUCAAGCUGACCGCCAAUAAUUUAAAGAAGCAGAAAAUCAAAUCAGCGAGAGCUGGCUUCGCUUUGGAACCGCUGAUCUCUUCAUGCCACCACAUGAAUCGCGGGGCAGAGUUUGGACAUACGUUCUUGUACUCUUACACUGCAUCAUGGCAUCAAAAUUUUCACCAUUCUUAAUCAAAGACAUUCUUACUGGCAUUGAUGUUCCUCUUAAGAAACCCAACAGUACAGCUACUGAAGAGCUUCACGCACUUGCGCGCAAUUUACGCACUGGCUUUGACAGCGCCAUACAGCAAAGCCUUUCUCCUGGUAUACGCGUGUCUCAAAGCCACCGAUCCAACAGCUGCAGGGCAGAGAGAGGGGUUGUGACUCAAUUUGGAGAAGAGUGUGCCAAAGCGGAGUGUGUGGAGCAGGAUACGCGGCAGAGGAUCCAAGUGGAUUCAGGAAAAAAAGGGGCCCACCUCCACCACGGCGGAGAGGCGCUCAGCUGCUCCCACGAGCAGCGCCGCUCCACGCAGGUUGCCAAGAAGCGUUCCAGAGCGGCCUUUUCCCACACGCAGAUCCACGAGCUGGAGCGCCGAUUCAGCACCCAGAGGUACCUCUCUGGUCCCGAGCGGGCAGAACUAGCCUGCACCCUGAAGCUUACAGAGACCCAGGUGAAAAUCUGGUUCCAGAACCGGAGAUACAAAACGAAACGGCGCCAGUUGGCAACAGAACUGACAGCGCUGAGCUCUCCAAAGACUGUAGCGGUUAAAGUGCUGAUGAGAAACGAGCAAAAGCAUUGGAUUCCAGGCAGUGGAGCACAGUUUCCCAUGACUGUUCCAAUAUACCACGGCUAUCAGUACCACCCCUACUCACAUCAGUGGUACCAGCCACACAGCAUUGGCAGGAGGUUGGGUGGAGGAAUGUUCUGAUGUCCCAUAAAACACAAAGAUCAAUAAAUUACACAGAGACGUGUGCAUUUUGUAGUGUGUUUGACGCUUUUCUGUAAAAUGACAGCCUACUCCAAAUUGAAUGCAUAGUAUUAAUUAAAAUUAUGAACGUUUAAUUUAGCAUUUGGCAUGCAGUUGGACAAAGAUUGUUUAAGAAUGAACUAUUAAGUUUUAUUCCUGCAGAGGGACAAACUGAAAGAAAUGUUAGGGCAGAAAAACCUUAGCCAAGAGCUUCUAACAAAAAGAGAUAUUCAGAUAUAAUGUAGUGACUAAGCAGGAACAGGGAUGACAAGCCGCUAGUCCAUCUUUGAAAGGAGCUUAUAUACAUGACUGUGUGAGAGAGCAGGAGAACGAUACCAACAAUAGGCAAACUCCAUGCAGAAAGACCCAAUACUGGAAUUUAAGCAUUGUUGGUGCAAAACAACAGUGCUAAAAGCUGCAUCACCAUGCAACCUACCUCAAAAUGAAUAAUACAAAACUUACCAUGUAAAGGGGUUACACUUCAGUUUAUAUUUAUUAUUAUGCAUUACCCUACUACAAGAUGAUGUUUUAUUGUUUUUACUCAAUCGUCCUCUGUAAAACCCCUUUUCUGACUCUUCAAAACCAACAAAAUUGUGCAUGAACAACAAAGACUGAUAUUUUUAGAUUUUGGUUUCCAAAUGGUUGUUGAUAUCCAUAUCUUGCUGACUCAAUCAUAUAUUAUCUUGAAUCUUACUUUUAAUGAUUUUUUUUAUACAUCCCAAUGUGUGCAAAUUUUAUAUUUUAGUUAUUUUGCUGUUGUGUGCUUCAGAUGAAUCAGACAGGCUAAAUAGACCAUGUUGCACCACUCUGCUCCCCCCUAUCUGUAAAGCACACAUUAUUCAUUGUUUGGCUUCCAGUAAAAUACCCACAUGUUGAAGGAAUUGGAACAACGACCACAACUGAUAUGGAAAUAAAACAUCAUUCCUACUCAAGUGGAAAAGUGUAUCCUGAACUCAGCCUUGUUUUGUUUAGUAGUCAGGAGGUGUUAUUCAGUAAGAUAUUGUGACAUUGCAUAAUUUUACUAAAUAACUACUUCAGAGUCUUUCACUCCUACACAGCAAAGCUUUUCAGAUUUUGCAUUGCAAUAACAAACUGCAAUUUGUUUAUUGGGAAUUUUUCAAGAGAAAGAACGAUAUAGCACAUCACUUUGAAGUGGAAGGUGAAGGAUGCAUGUUUCUUUUAGCUGAUUUACAAAGAAAAAAAAAACUGAGAAGUGUGAAAUGCCUUUGUAGAUUUUAUUAUUUUGCAACAGGACCUGCUGCUGAUGCUUCUGAAUCUCUCUCAGUAAGGAGGAGGAAAAAUGAGUUGUGGGAAAAGCUGUUUUAGGCAUCCUUGAUAAUGGAUGUGUUUCUGUGGAUUCAGCACAUGUUAAGGAUCUCUUUCAGGAAAGAAAAAAAGGGAAUAAGUGAUUUUGAUGAACAUUUUUAGGAUCCUGUUGGGCUGCUAUUGUUUACAGGCCCUUUAGCUCUAAAACAGGAUGAGAAGCAGUGGGUUAAAUAACAUGCAUGUAAAAUAUAACCAGAUGUGGGAUAGAAUUCCUUCCUGUUUAGGCCUCAGAGAAGGUAAAUCUGUUCCUGUGCUUUUCUUGACAACAGUGGUGUUUUUUGUUUUAAUCUUAUUUUAUUAUUUUUUAGUGUGGAUCAGAUCACCAGAGAUAUUAACUCAGACAAACUCUUCAUUGAUAAACCUUCUGAAGCCCUCUGCAAAAUGUUGUUUGCUGCCCCACUUACUCCCAAGAUUGACUGUCACCAGUGAUGACAAUAGUUGUGUACCCUGUGUAAUAAACAAUUUGGUCUGUGCUAGUAGUUGCAGUGCAUAAGCAGACAAACCCUUAGUUAUGCCCAAAGAUGGUCCUCAAGGGCUGCUGUCCUGCAGGUUUUAGAGGUUUCCCUUCUUAAGCACAGCUGAAAAGAUCAGAAUGAGUUGUGCUGAAUCCGGGAAACCUCUAAAACCUGCAGGACAGUGGCCCUUCAGGACCAACUUUGGGCAUGCCUGCAAGUUAGGAACUCAGAACACAUCCUUAAUAUUUGUUCAUGGUGACUGAUCUAGACAUUCAACUGCCCACCUUAAAUAUCUGCUUAUUAUGCCAAGAAACUCAGGACCAGAUAAUAGAUACUCAAGUAUAUCAACGUGCCUCAGCAUUUCCACCAUCUGUUACUAGCUUGGACAACUGCAUUAAACACUGAGAGAAAAUCAAUGGAUUUUAUGUUUAAUGUUAAAUGUAAUGUUGUGAAUAACAAUAAAACAUAUAAUAACCUAACCUAAUUUAACAUAAUUAUUAGGCUUAAACUACAUCUUCCA